AUGACAGACAAAUUGUCCGUGCUCUUUGUCUGCUUAGGCAACAUCUGCCGAAGUACGAUGGCUGAAGGCGUCUUUCGGUCACUAACAAAGUCCCACCCUCUCAUUGGCGAUAUUGACUCUGCUGGGACGGGAGCAUACCAUGUCGGCGACUCUCCUGAUGACCGAACCAUGGAGACUCUUCGUCGACACGGCAUCUCCGACUACGACCACGGCGCGCGCCAGGUAUCUGUGCAGGACUUUUUCGACUACGACUACAUUUUCGCAAUGGACGCGUACAACCUACGGGAUCUACAAAGACUUCAACGUAGAGCCGAGAGCAAAGGGAAGACGGAUCCAGUUCGCGCGAAUGUCAUGAUGUUUGGAGAGUUUCACGGUACUGGUAGGCAAGGCAAAGCUGAGGAAGUGGUUGAUCCGUAUUAUGGUGCCGACAAUGGCUUCGAGGUCGUUUAUGAACAAGUCGCUAGGUUCACCAAGAACUUUCUGGAGCAAGUCGUCGACAAGAAGGGAUGA